AUGGUAUCCACUCCCCCUCCUCCUCGUCGUCGAUACUCCUCAAGGAUAAUAGGUACAGUGAGCGGCAGGGAAGUAGCACCAACACCAGCUAUGCUCUCAUCCCAGUCCGAUGGCUCUAAUCAGAGUUAUUAUGUAUCUUCACAACGUAUGCCUAUUCGGACACCACGACGAGGCGGUGAACACUACAGUAGCAAUAGAGAUUCUAUGCAUGAUCGGUACCUCUCGAGAGGCACCACUGGCCUUACAUCUACCCAAGCUAAUUAUCUAGUAGCUAUUGCAGUUGUAAUCAUAUCCUUUAUUGGCUUAUAUGUAUACUAUACAGCACCUGUUGAUGCUGUUACUGCAACUGUGGGCCCAACACUGACGUCAACUAUAACUGAUUAUUCUAGGCGAGUAGAGAAAGAAAUGGUAUUUGAUAAGGUGUGGCAAGAGGAAAAGAAGGAGUUGCAAGACGAGUUAAAGCGGGCCUACGAUGCUCUUAAGGCAUUUAAGGAGCACUCCGCUGAGGAUAGGAGGACCCUAGCCAAGAUGGAGGCUGAUAUCGUCCAGAGGGAUGAGCGCAUACAGGACCUUGCACAGGAGAGUAGUAGAGUAGAGCAGUUGGAGAGGCAUAUACUUGGGCUCGAGGAGGAGGUCCGAACCUUACAGGCUGCUGCUGCUGCUACCCAACGCAGUAUGCCUGUCGAUGAUGCUCAUGUGGUGGUAGAGGAGGAGAAUGGCCUCUACUACUAUGUCGUUGGUGUGGCAUUGGUCGUACUGGCAUUGGUGGAGAUCCUCUCAUCUAGGGCUGAUGCUAGGCUUCAGGUGUACUCUGUAGAGGCCAACGAAAGGGCAAAGAAGGCUACUACUGUCCUCAAGGAGGCAAUGGAGACUUGUAGAGCAUUGACUGAGGACAAGGAGGCUCUAAUGGAGCAACUGGAGAAAGCAAUACACGAUAAGGAGGAGAAUGCCUCAGCUCUGGCUGACUCCUUAGCGACGUUGGCCUCUAGUCGGGAUGAGUUUACGAGGUUCUCUGAGGAGCAAGCCAAGAGGGAGUUGGCUCUGCUUGAUCGAUUGGCGGAUAGCCAGAGUGCUAUGUCCAGUGCUCGUUCUAUGGCCAGUCGAGCAUUGGAUCUCAAGUUGGCUCCCUCUCACGAUGCACAUCAGAAGCCACCGGCAUCUACUUUGGAUGGCAAGUUGAUGUCCCCUAGAGAGGAAAGGGAAGUCGACUUGAAUGGAACCUCAACAGCCUCGACCUGUCCACCGUCUAAUACCACUGGUGGUACCGCUUCGGAUACCCAACCUAUGACCCAUCUCUUGCUCCCAUCCUUCACUCCAGCUAGGAAGGCUGUGCAGGAAGAACAGAGUUGGAUGACCCCCGGAGCGGACUCUCCUGAGUCGGUUACACGGCUAACCCCUGGUGACACUAUGCAGCAACAGCAGCAAGAGCCCGAGGAGGAGGAAGAACUGAGUCCACUACAGAUGGAGACCCCUGUGAGGGAAGUCGAUGCGGCCAUAGCAGGGCAGCAUCCUGAUGGAGUUAAUCUAGUUAAUGUUGUGUCUAACAUCGAUGCAUUGAUACGUAGUAAUACUGCUGCUGCCGAGGGUAUGAGCCCACUAGAUGUGGUAUCAGAGGCACCAUCAGUGAAUAGGACAGCAGUUAUGGCUAACAGGAGGAGGAGAGUUAGUAGUAUAGACAGGACCACUUGCCCUUUAAGGACACCAAGGAGCAACUCCCCUACUAGGAAGUCCUCUACUCCAGCAUCGACUCCACCUCGCGCCAAUGUUAAAAUAGCAGGCCAUCCUAAGUCCCAUCCUAGAGCUCAUGUUAAUAGAUUACCACUAGAUAGGCUCAGCUUCACUACGGGUGCCACGACUACAGGGUAUAGUAGGCGGCGUCUAGUAGACCCACCGCCGGAUAGCGCUAGACGUGGCUCUACUCGUUCCAUGUCUGACCAUCGUCCUCAUGAGGAGUCAGCGCAUCGAUGUGUCGUCGUGAUGGCCCCUAGUAGCAGUGGUGGAGUAGUCACUAAAGGAGGCCUAACUAGGCGUAAGGAGGGAUAUGCUACUAGUGUGACUACACCAACAUCAUCUGUUAAAGGAAGUGCUGUUCCCACGUGGCUUCAAUAUCGCCUAGGUACGAUAUCGGAGGCUGUUGGUAACGUUAGAGAGACUCGGUUACAUCAGUGUGUCCAGAUAGUGAAGGCAUCUGAUUUCGGUGACUUCAGUGCUGGUAUUGUCCAUUUGACACAGUCAUUGUUAUCAUUCCUGCUUACUAAUACUGAUAUGUUCAUCUCUAAGAAGGAGAUUAAAUUGUGUCAAGCCACGUUCUUUAAAGUCGCUACGUUAUUACCAUGCUAUAUACAGUGUAAGGACACAUCUACUGUGCCUACUGAGGACCUAGCCACACAAUGCGAGACCCUUAUCACUAAGUAUUGGGAUAAAUGUCGGCCGUGGAUAGCAGCAAUAGGGAGAGAUCUCAUACGGGUUCUACUACCCAUAUCUAAGUGCCGAGGUGUAUCCGAUAUUUGGCGUAUGCUUACUGUAGGAGAUACUACUGGCAAACGCCUCGCUAAAGUAUGUAGUCUGAGUACACCAUGUUGGCUGCAUCGGCAUCUUAUAUCACCUACUGAGGAGGAGGAGCUCUCAGCUCUAUUCUCUGCCUUUCUUGCUGGUAGCCAGAAGCAGAUGCAAGACCAGUACUUCGAGAAGUCGUUCAAAGCAGAGGGUCUACUACUGGGUCAUCACGUUAUCCAUACCACUCGAGCAGUACUUUGUGGAGAUUUACAUAAUCUCGAUACCGAGGUUAGUCGUAACAGUAUGAUACCACCACAACAACGAGUACUCCGUUGGCACUUCCUUGGCUGGUUGGCCAUCAUUGUUGGCCAGUUCAUGACCACCGAGGAACAGGCCUACUUUCGAUUAACCCUUAUCAUCGAUUGCUUACUGGGAGGUGUCGGCGAACCAAUGCAGGCACCACCGUCAGAGCUGCAGCAGCAGAAGGAGGGAGACACUGUCACCAUCGAUGAGGACGUUUUAGUGAAGUCGUUAGUGGACAGCAGGGAUAGGCUCAUACCCACUAGUUAUCGUGAGUGGGAUCCACAUCUACCGCCUCCUAUAACUCCACCACCCCAAGGUGGUGGUGGCAAGGAGAAGCCUACUAUACUUGAUGGCUUUAUACCAGUGCAUGACCUUAUAUACGAGGAACUCCCUACUGAGCGCUCAAUAGCGGUACCAUUACUGAUAGUAUUGGGCUUGUCGAUAGACAACUUAUUACCAUCAUCAUCAGCAACAACAACAACAGCACUGAGGCUAACACGUCAGAACCUAGCCAACUCAGUGUGUGAGACCUUAUUCCAGUGUGCUGUGGAGACACUACGGCGAGGACGGGAUUAUAGUAAUGAUACUCUCGUUGGGAGGGUCGAGACUCUCUGUGUGACGGCUCGCCUACCGCAGUCAUUGGUUGUAUGCUUUGAUGCGGUAUCGAAAGCAAUAGAUAUGCUGUGUGCCAAUCGUGAAGAGUAUGAUACCCCGGAGUGGCUAGAUAAGUUCCCAAGGGCAGUACUACAACGUAUCAUACUCCCUGAUCCGGCACCACCUCCAGUGAUUGCAUCUUCUAAUGAUGAGCUUGAAGGGCCUAUCAUGGAGGAUGAUGAUGAUGAAGGGAAUUACUCUGAGAUGAGCGAUACUGAGGGGGAUACAGCCUCUGUCAUGACUGAGGUCGCCUCCCUCCACCCUCAUCCAUCUACAACAACAGUAGAGCACCCAGAUGAAGGGGAGCAGCAGAGUAGGGCAGAGAUAGGGCAAGAGGAGGUUGGUAGUAGUAGCAACAACCCAGUAGUCCAAGAUGGCAGUGUUGAGAACAACAAGGGUAGUAAAGUGAUGGAGUUACUAAUGCUAUUACAGAAGGGAUGAUGAUGA